GCGCGUCGCAGGACAAAGACUUCUUCGCUGAAGUUUGGAACUUUCUGCACGAACACGUCAGGCACUCCCCCUCCCCAACACCAGAAGCUUCUCGGGAGAGCAACUCGGACCUGAGCCGAAGCGUAAUUGUCUGGGACGAUCCCUCGACUUUUGAGCCUUCUUCCAAUAAACAUAGCACGGCUCGUACCGCCGCCAGCUCGUCUGCCUCAAGCGCGGGAUAUGGAGGCGCAGAUGCUCAGGAGACGACGUCUCUCGCGUUGCGAGAGCAGCGCUGCCGAAUCGCAAUGACUACGGAGUUUCUUUUUCAAGCUACACGCGAGGUGCGAUUUGCGCGCGCAUGGAGAUUCUCAACCUUCUAUGGUACUCACAUGUUUCGUUUGACGUUCAAACAUGCAACCUGUUGUCCAAUCUGAAAUGGUUUUUUGAAAUAUCUCUUCGACCGCAGCGACAGACUUCGCUUCAUCCCUUCGCGCACCCGAUGUUGGUUCAGGCUUUUCAACAUUAACCUAAGUACCCAAAUUGGUGUGAUAGAAUGAGAUUCUGACCGAUAUAACCAACUCACGCCAGGUUACUGCUUGAACACCACAAAAAAGGAAGACUUGCAGCAGAAAUGGCAUCCUGCAAAGAGACACCACUGGCCUGAGGAGCUCGAAUCUCGCCAGCCAGAUCUGUCCGCAGAUUCCUCACCCGUCCCGAUGACCUGGCACGCCGACUUCCAACGCGAAUUUCGCAAGCGCGCCAGAUUUUGGCGUGCAAAUUCGACCGGGCACGGGGCCGUUUGGAGUUAUCGCCAUUUUCGUUAUAUCUGGCUAAAGGCGCGUCGGAUGAAAAAUCGCUUGCUCACGAAGCCUACCGAGCUGAACUUUCACCAUCUUCUCGCUGAGACGCCUGACGUAGUUGACAUCUACAGAAACUUUGAUCCGAGGAGCGUCUAUACCUCGUUUCGUCCGAUAUACUGGCUGGACAAGGAAAAAGAUCAACUGUCGCGCCCGAGCAUACCUGACAUUCCGUAAACACCGAAACUCGCGACGCAGUCACCACCGACUGGGCCGUCAGCUGCAAGAUAACUGGCAUCGUUGCCGGAGGCGUACACGUUUCCUUCACGGUGUACGAAUGUCCAUGUCGUGGUCGCAGAAUAAAUAGCAAAGCGACUCGGUCUUUUCUCUGGCGUGACUCAGAUUGAAGUUUUGCUAAAUGCAAAGGCAACGACGGCGACCAGCAGUGCUGCUCUAUUCUUUGUCGCGUCACUGCUCCUAACUGUCCAGUGUGUGCAUGUUACGUUUCUUAGCGACACACGCGUACACGCGGCAAAAAAUGAACUGUAUUUAUUGUUGUUCUGU